AUGGUGUGUUGGAACUGCGAGAAGCCUGGGCAUAUGAAAAGCGAAUGCCGGGCACCAAGGAAAGACAAAGAAGGCCGGACAGCCAAUGUCGCGAUGGAGGACACGGCGGAUGCACUCUUGUUGAGUGUGAGAAGCUCGCUCGAUGACUGGAUCGUGGACUCAGGGGCCUCAUUUCACUCAUGCAGUAACAGAGACAUCAUGGAGUCAUACACUGCAG